CUGCAUUUCAACUUUGUAUUUGUUUGAAUGGUCCUUCCUUCCAUCUGAAACCCACUCAGAUUCCAUUUCUUCCUGGUUUGGAAAACGUUGGAUAUAUAACGUGCCAUAGGAUGCGUAGACAACUUCACAAAAUGCUAUGAUUCUCUUACUAUGGCCACUGGAAGUCAUGUUGGAAGUAAUGCAGAAAUCCACAGGCUCAAACAGGCCAAGCCUCAUGAUUUUUUCAAACAUAUGGUUUAUUCUGGAGAUGAGAAGAACAUGAGGGAGGUGGAUUAUUUACUUAAGGACGAAACUGAUCAAGAGAGAUUUCCAGUGGGCCGUUGUGUUCACAAAUACAGUAAAGCGAGACGAGUGGUGGUUAGCAAAAAGAAAACACGUCACUGCGGGGUGGGAUUGGGAGCAUGUCGGAGAUCACCCACCACGGGCAGGACGUCUGACAUGGCAAACAAAGAGAAUGAACUGACCUGCUCUAGUGACGUGCAGGCUAUUCUUUACAGUGAUAACUGUGGGUUCACUGUGAACUCAACAGAGACCUCAAAAAUGGCAGGAGCUGGCUCCAAAUACAGUGAUUGUUUUACUGAGUUAUCAAAGGACCAUGAAGCAAUGACUCAUGUACUCUUUGGAAGGAAUCUCAGACUUAAUGUUGCUUUGACUCUUUGGCGAAAAAAUGCAAGUGAACUUGUGGCAUACUUGAACAGAAUACAAGACAUGGGUGUGCUUGUUGACUGUUUGCCUGUACUUACUAAAAGUCUUCAGGAAGAGAAGUCGUGCAUUUCUAUUGGCUGUUGUGUUGACCUAUUACCACAAGUGAAAAUGAUUCUCAACACUCAAUAUGAAGAACACCUCAUUGUUGCUUUACACUGGGUUCAAUCUGUCAUUAAAAAGUGGUGGCCUGAGCUCUCCACAAAAAACAAAAGCGUGCAUGAUGGCAAUUCAAAUGACAGCAGGAAUGUUCAGGCGAUGAAAGCAUUGCUUGUUGAACUGUGGGUGGGAAAGAAUCACUUAAGAUCGGUCCCUGGAACAGUAGGAGAAACAGCAAAGGUCAUAGAAUCACACCUGUCACAAAUGCGCUGAUGUAUCAGUGUAGCACUCUAAGGAGAUAACCACUACAAACUCUUGGUGCAUUCUUUUAUGCUGUUCUUCUGAGCAGCAUGGCUAGUGGAUGUGAAAUGCAGUAGGCUGUGUUGUAGGCCUAAAUUGGGGAUAGAUGAACUGAACAAUUCAGACACUCCUGAUCUCAGCACUGGAGGAGGACGUCUUCCUGCAGGGCAUUAAUCACUGCUUCAUAUUGAAGUGGACUUGCUUAGGGGCACAUAAUCAACUCCAUGAGACUCUGGAAUCAGGCAACUCACUAAAGUGCCAAGCAGAGCUUUUAGCUGUUGCACUUGUUGUGUCAUGGUGUGGAUGUGAUUGCGUAUGUGUUCCUUUUUCAGAUGUUAUUCCAGUUAUGCACUUGAAUUGCAGGAGUUUUAAGUUAUUAGUAUUGUGUUGUCCAUUGCCUGAUCAUGAAUGCGAUAUUUGAGUGUAAUGUACAUAGUGAUUUGUUUCUUUUAAUCAACUUUCAAAUAAAUUUACAUAAUCGCCA